AUGCCUUUCGGGACGUUCAUUGAAGUGGAACCGCCCAGUCCACUCCGAUACAUAAUUGGGGCCGUUAUAAUGAUGAUCGGAGUCGUAUUGCCCCUCGGAUACAUGAUGUUCCGGAAUAAGCGUGGACCUUCUUCUUCU